GUCGUUCCUGCUUGACUUGCUGCUUAUGGACCUUGACAUACUUUUGAUCUUCUCGCUUUCGGCAUGGCGGGACGAGGGGAGGAGAGACGCCGGGAAUGAAAAGCUGGUUCUUGCAUUGACGGAAGGAAGGUCGGAACAGUCGGACGCUUUCAGACGCGUGAAUCAUCACAUCACGUCACAGCGGAAAACAGCCUGCUACGUAGAUAUCUGAAUAUUCCCACGGACUUUUUUCCUGGAAAGCUUACUUAUCUCUGAAUGAAAGCAUACCAACAUGGUCUACCUCGAGAGUAUGCAUGUGGAUGCCCAGGUGGAGCGCCGGCGAGAGCUGGAGCGGAAGCUACAUAAGGAUAUGGAGGAGCUGGAAGUUUUGGAGGAAAGUUUGGCAAAGACGAACAUCUUGACGAACAAGAUUGAGUCGAUGCUCAGCUCCUUCGAUCUGCGGCUUGGCAGAUUAGAGACCUCAAUUCUGCCUAUCCACCGCUCCACCCAAAAGCUGACGAUGUUUCAUGAUCACAUCAAAGCCGCUCUCGAUCAAGUACAAACCGUGAUUGACUACUAUGACAUGGGCAGCACUGAAGAGGCAUUCAUUGCCAAAGGACCGCAGGAAUCCGACAUGAAACCUUUCUUGAAAUCGGUGGAAUCCCUCAAGGAAGCAUUGGUCUACCUCCAGCGGACAAAGUACAAGGCAUCUGAACGUGCCAUCAACUCCUUGAAAUACACUUUGACGAAAGCCCUUGGAUUGCUGAACAACGUGUUCCGCAAGUGGUUGACUGCCGCAAGUCCUCCAAUCGAUAUUGGAAACUACCUUGACAAAGACAUCCCACACAUUCCCGACGAACCAUUCCGCAACCUCCUCGCCCUUUCCCUCGAGCUCCAGACCUCCAGCAUCGGCGAUCUAAGCUUCCCUCCCGUGUACCUCAAAAUCUACGAGGAAGUGCGAUCAAACUACCUCGUAAAGUCAUUACAAGGUCUGGCAUCUGCUACACGCGAAAGCGAGCUGAAAAGCGCGCAAGCCAAGACUGCGUAUGAGAGGGGGACGUCGCCUAUGGUUGCGUAUACGAAAGCGUUGUUGAAGAUGAUGCAGGCAGAACGGGGGCUCACAAACAAGAUGCUUCCCAAAACAAACGCGCCCACCUCCUUCCAAGCGACCAUCACGCCUGCAGUGGACAUUUUUGUGGAGAUCGGGGAGUCCAUCUGCAGCCGCGUGAAGAAGCAGGUCGCGCGAAGGGAGUAUCGGGAUGUGUUCAUGCUCAUUGAUGUUGGCGAGGGGCUGAUACGGGGGAUGAGGGAGUAUGAUGGAGUCAUGGCGUAUGCUGGGGCAAAAGGCUUGGAGAUCAGCGACCUGUCGAGCAAUGGGAAGAGCAUUACCAUACAAUGUUUGGCGCAGCUCUACGAGGAUACCAAGAGCGAUAAUAGCAAGGGAUCAUCGCUGUCGCUUGAUGGAACCGUCCAUGAGCUUACGAGCACAGCGCUCAACACUCUCCGGCGUUUGGUCGAGUACCAUUCCGCGGUGGACAAGCUUAUAGCCGAUGGAGCUAACCCUAUGGGCGCAACAGCCUUCUCAACCAUCGCGCAAGACGUCCUCACCGCGCUAACCGUCAACCUCGACCAAAAAGCCAAAACCUACAAAAAACCCACUCUCGCCGCCAUCUUCCUGCUCAACAACUAUCACUACAUGGUCAAACACGUGCGCGCCAGCGGGCUGGCAGAGCUUGUGGGGAAUGAGGAGGUAGGGAGGCUGGAGAAGGCUAGCCAGAAGGGGAGGCAGGGGUACAGGGAUAGUUGGACAUCUGUAAUCGAGGCCAUCAACGACAAAGGACAAGGGGUAGCACCAGGCGCCAAAACACUGACGAAGGCACAAAAACAUAUCGUCAAAGACCAGUUCAAGAACUUCAACACCGAAUUUGAGGAGGUGACUCGCACACAGAAAACAUAUUCCGUGCCUGAUGCAGACCUGCGCGUCGCCAUCAUCAAAGACGUGAAAGCGAUUCUGUGCCCUUUCUACAAGCAAUUUUAUGAAAAACAUGCUACCCUUGACUUUUCGAAGAACCCUGAGAAGUAUGUCAAGUACACGCCGCAGACGCUCGAGGCCGCCAUCGAGAAGCUCUUUGAGCCGGGGCAGUGAUACCGGAUGGCCAGACAGGAUGGUCAGAGGGGAGAAGGGGAUGGUCUUAUUGUAUCUAAAUGAGCCAUUGUGUCUGAUGAAAAUGAUUUUAUCGCAAACUUCUAUGAUGACAUCCAAAACUGCUAUCUAAGCAAAGCAUAUCGUACGGUGAAGACUCAAAGAGAACCAGUCCACAAAGCUACCGUGCUAUCGAUGCUUGACCCACACCUUAUAGGUCCCCAACAGCGCCGAAGUCAAUCCCGACAACGCCUGCCAUCCAUCGCUCAAUCCCCGCUCACCCAACUGGAACACGUCUACCGUACAGAAGGUGAAAUCGGCUACCAACUUCACUAGCGAUAUUCUGUGCAUGUACUGCUUGUUCAGAAGCUCUGUUCGC